CUUCCCCGCACGUGCGUUCAGCCAUACAACACCACAACCUUGAAGCUUCCCCGCUACAACACGCCAUCUGCGAAGUCACAAGUAGUAUCAGCGAAUCACUCAGUUAGACCGGUCACCUUCACAAAUGCCGUGUGCCACGAGUGCCGUCCAACAUGAUGUCGUCUCGAGAGUGCGUGGGAUGCUUCACAUAUACUUAGGCACGCCACUAUGGCAUAUUCUAGGAGUGAUGUCCUCUGUAUGCUUUGCCUAAUACAAUGGUCGAGCAACUCCAUGGUGCCUUCUUCGAUAGGAAUAGUCUCCCUGCGGACAUGCUAAUGCGAUGCCAUCAAAUCGCAAUAGGGCUUUAUCCACAUCACCAGAUAGAAUUUCCCGAAAAACAAGGUUACUGCAGCUACACACUGAUCCUCGUCGACGCUCUGUCGCCGACGAAGGCGUCCAAGAUUCUACAAUUCAAGCCUCCACCAUUCCGCAUCAACAUCGCCAUCGCUGAUGCCGCGAAAGAUACAUAUGGCCCUCUCGCACCCGCCGUGAAAGAAAUAGGCUCAGUACCCAUCGACCAUGCCGCAGCCAGCAAAACACGUCUGUACGUCUACGAGAUGGAGCACAUCACCGGCACCCCCCUAAGCUGCUCCACGCCGACCCUCAAACACCGCGAAACCCUAGUCGCACACUUCGCACACUUCAUCGCCAGCGCCUGGCCGUCCACAUCCCAGCUCACCUCGCAAGCCCAUCUCCAGACCGGCCUGAUCGGAUCCAGCAUCAUGCCUCGCCUGACGCAGCUCGCAGCCCAGCUACCCACCCUCACCCUCCGCCACGCAGCGAAGCGCUGCAUAGCGCGCGUCCAGGAGCUCAGUCGGUUGCCCGUGGUGUUGAACCACGGCGACCUGAUCGCGUCGAACAUCAUGGUUGAUGCGCGGACUGGUGCGCUGUGUGGGCUGGUGGACUGGGCGGAAGGCGAGCAUCUGCCGUUUGGCAUGUGUCUGUACGGACUGGAGUAUCUGCUUGGUGCGGUCGACGAGGGAUCGGGCGCGUUUGUGUAUGUUGGCGGUGCGGAGAGGCUGAGAGGGCUGUUCUGGGGCUUGCUUGGUGAGAGCGUGCCUGUGCUGCGGUGUGAGGAGGCGGUGCUACGUGAUGCGGUGCGGCUUGCGCGGGAUGUGGGGGUUUUGCUCUGGUUUGGGUUUGCGUUUGAUGAGGGGAGGAUUGAUAGGGUUGUUGAUGAGGUUGGGGAUGCGAGGGAGUGUGUGCUUUUGAGGACGUUUUUGGGCUUGAAUGAGGAUAGUAGGGCGUGCUUGUAGGCUGGGUCAACUAGUGGAUGUUGUAGGCACUGUGAUCAUAUAGUUCAUGUUGAAUUUAUACGUUUCAGAGUGUUCGCUACGAAUAGUCACAGAAUAGUACUCGACUACGAGCUUCACUGGUAAAUAGUAUGCUCCUGUACUGGGAAUUGUGAUGUGUGAAGUGUAGAUCGGAUAUAGUUUCUUGACCUGAGCCUUCGAGAGAACAUCGAUGGAGAGAACAAUGCCAUAAUACUGCUAAGUUAAGAGAGCAGACCAAAUGCAUGUAACGCAGGUUCACCGCAAAUCAUAAAAGAAAAUUGUCUAAUUUGCCA